AUGGUCUGGUUGCGCCUUCCUUUACUUCUACGCGUUGAUCGCGUGCUUUUUCUCCUUCUACUCCAGCUCUGUAUUUGCAUAUGCGGAUGCGCUCCGAGCCGGUUCGUCCUCGUCGGUGCCAUCCUUGUCAACGUAACCAUCGACGAUACGUUUGGGGAUCAAUUCUACACGCUAUUUCCCCAAUAUACGCACCCGUUCCUACCCCCAAACCAACACGAUCGCUACCCCAAGUACAUCCCGAACACCAACACAGUGCCUCCGGUCUGGAAACAGGGGCCCGCAUGUACGACUUGUGGGGUAAAGCUCGAUCAGGAGCAGGUGAUGAGUGGGACGUGGUACGACGGGAGGUGGGACGAGCACUCGAAGGAGCAGACGAGGGUUGAGUUUACGUUCUGGGGUACCGCGAUAUACAUCUACUCAAUCGUCUCCAACCGCCUUACUGAUCUCCAAAAUUACGAAUUCUACAUCGACAACCCCAACCUCCCUGUCGGAAACUUCACCUACUCCGCUGAUGGUUCGAACAGCUAUAUAUAUCACUACCUCCUCUACUCGAACACUGAUCUCCAGGACGGGCAGCAUACAUUCACGCUGGCGUCAUCAAAACCGGAUGAUGGAUCGGUGAAUGGGAUUCUUAUGUUGGUAUUGUUUGAUUAUGCAGUCUAUACGUGA